AAAACAAAUUUAAUAGCAGACAUAGAUGCGCACGCAUUCGUUUCACGAAUUCACAGCUGACUGCACUCGGCGUUAAACACUUGUUUGAUUCUCAUGUAAGUAAAGGAGGUAGAUCGACACAUACCAAAUAUUACACCAUAUACCGAUCGUAACAGUUUCGUCUUGUCUACAAUGUUUUCAUUUAAAUACCGAAAUUUACACUGUUGAUAAAAGCGGGAAUUUCAAAAACGGAACUUCGAUAUCCUUUAGACAUUGCAAAAUCUUACAAUUCAAAAAUGAGAUUAAAAUUGUACUAUGAUUUUCUCUCUCAACCUUCGAGAGCGCUGUAUAUAUUUUUGAAAAAAUGUAACAUACCUUUUGAACCCCAAUUCGUGAAUCUUUGGAAAUUGGAGAAUUUUAAACCAGAAUUUGAAAAAAUUAAUCCAUGGAAGAAAAUUCCAUGUAUAGAACACAAAGGAUUCCUUCUGUCAGAGAGCGUAGGUAUAUUUCGCUACCUUUGUCGUGAAUUCAAAGUAGAUGACCACUGGUAUCCAAAAGACUCGCAACUGCAAGCGAAAGUUGACGAAUAUUUGGAGUGGCAACACUUGAACACGAGACUGCAUUGCACAACGUAUUUUCGUGUCAAGUAUCUACUCCCUUUGAGAACUGGUAAGCCAGCCAAAGCGGACGUUGCAAGAGAUUUGCAAGCAUCGAUGAUCGAAUGUUUGGAUCACAUUGAACAUAUUUGGUUGAAAGAUAAUAAGCCCUUUAUAGCGAACGACAGCAUAAGCAUAGCCGAUAUCCUUGCUGCUUGUGAAAUCGAGCAACCGCGACUUGCUGAUUACGAUCCACGAGAAGGCCGACCAAACUUGACCGCAUGGCUUGAUCGCGUAUCUAAGGAAUUGUCGCCCCAUUACAACCAUGCACACGCUGGCGUGAACGAAGUAUCCAGCAAAUAUAAGUAACCAACCAA